CAGCUGUUUCUCCCUCAUGCUUGCAUUUUUUGGUUUAUGGGUUUUAUAUUUCAUGUUAAUAUAAUCUAUAACAAACCCAAUCAAGAAAGAGCAACAAUAAUCUCGCAAAAUGGGUCAGCAGAAAUUGAUCUACAGCCUUGUGGCGAGGGGAACCGUUGUUUUGGCUGAUUACACUGAAUUCAAGGGGAAUUUCAACACCAUUGCCUCCCAGUGUCUGCAAAAGCUCUCUGCUUCAAACAACCGAUUCACCUACACUUGCGAUGACCACACCUUCAAUUACCUCGUCGAUAAUGGCUUCACUUAUUGCGUUGUUGCUGUUGAAUCUGCGGGCAGACAACUACCAAUUGCCUUUCUGGAACGUAUCAAGGAUGAUUUCACGAAGAAAUAUGGAGGCGGCAAGGCCUCGACUGCAGGCUCCAACAGCCUAAAAAGAGAGUUUGGGCCUAAAUUGAAGGAGCAAAUGCAGUACUGCGUUGAUCAUCCUGAAGAAAUUAGCCAGAUUGCUAAAGUCAAGGCUCAGGUCUCUGAGGUGAAAGGUGUGAUGAUGCAAAACAUUGAGAAGGUUCUUGACCGUGGAGAGAAGAUCGAAUUGCUUGUGGACAAGACUGAUAAUCUUAAAUCACAGGCACAGGAUUUCAGGAAGCAAGGGACGAAGAUGAAGAGGAAUAUGUGGAUUGAGAACAUGAAGAUCAAACUGGUGGUGUUUGGUAUAGUCGCGCUUUUGGCUCUCUUGGUGGCGUUGUCCGUGUGUCCCAAAUUCAAGUGUUGAUUGUAGACUCGAGUGUUGGCCUUCACUACUUGGAUGUCCUCGUACGUCCGCUGCCCACCAACGUUGUUAGUGAGAGUUUUGCUUUGUAUGAGUUAGCCUCUAAAUGUGUCAUGUUACCCUCGUGGGUUGGCAGGUGGAUAGCAAUUGUUGAUUAUAGAAA